AUGCAGGCAGAAGACCCUCACAAGCAACAUACAGAGUCAUCGGCGAAGAGUGCACUUGUAUCUGGACAGGACAAGCAUGGAGAGAAAGGUUCGGAACCAACAGAGCCCAUCAAAACAUGGCCAACACAGACUUGUGAGCAUUCGAAACAACCAGGAGUCACCGACAGUGCCAAAGAGGAUAUCAAGGGGAAAGCAACUGCAGUGCUGAAGGAAGCAACUCCUGUGCUGAAGGAAGCAACUCCUGUAUUAAACCAGGCAACUUCAAAGGAAGUUGCAGCCCGGUCAACAAAGAAGCCUCCUGUUGUUCCCACCAAGCAAGCGUGCUUUGGACAAAGGAAAGAAAUAUCAUUUGCUGAUAUCAGGGGCAUCAACGAGAUGCUGGAAAAGUGUGUGACUCCAGGGUCAACGCCACCACUCAAGAGAAAGAAAAUAUCAGACUGGACAAACGUCGUGCUGGCAUAUGAACCAGUUUGGGCCAUUGCAACCGGCAAGGUUGCUUCCCCUGCUCAAGCACAGGAGGUUCACGAUGGUCUGAGGAAGUGGCUCCACGCUAAUGUUGGUCCCGCAGUUGCUGAAUCUACCACGAUUAUCUAUGCAGGCUCUGUAAAUGGGGCAAACUGCAAAGAACUUGCGGCUCAACCUGAUCUUGAUGGGUUCCUUGUUGACGGCGCUUCACUGAAGCCUGAGUUUGUGGACAUCAUCAAGUCUGCCACCGUGAAGUCUGCUUCUGCUUAGUUGUUUUUGAGAUGCAGGCAGUCGCUUGUAGGACUGAAGUAUGCUUAUUGUCUUUAUAAGACUGUUUGACCAUCUUGUUCAAAUUCGAGUGCACUGUUAUGUCGUAUUGACCAUCUUAUCUUUACGGUGAUGCAUGCUUAUGUUUGCUUGUUUUUGUCUGGAACGGUAAUCGGAUUACUUAUAUGUACCACCCAUGCACAAAUUCGACAAAAUUUGCAGAGGCCUGUUGACAUCAUGCUCUAAAACACUAUGCUCCCUAGUUUUUAAGGCCUCACAAUUAAUAGAGGUCUUCAACUGAAAUUGGGUCACCCGAUUUUGACCGAGUCAACAAUUUCUCAAAGCCCUCUCAUUCAAAUCUUUUAUUGUCUAUAACACUAAGCUUCCUAGUAGAGCCAACAUUCAAUUGAGGUCUCCAAUUAGAAUUGGGUCAUCUGAUUUUGAUGUCAACAAUUUCUCAAAGCUCUCUCAUUUAAAUUUUUUAUACUAUGCACUAUGCUUCCUAAUUUUUUAAGGCCUCACGAUUAGUUGAGGUAUUCAAUUUAGAAUGGGUCAAUCGAUUUUGACUCGGUCAACACUUUCUCAAGCUCUCCCAUUCAGUUCUUUUAAUUCGCCAUGUUCCCUAGUUUUGAAGCAUUUCAUUCAAUUGAGGUAUUCAAUUUUGGAUUUGGUUUACGAUUUUGACCGGACCAACAUUUUUUCAAAUCAAUCAGCGGCAACCGGCCUAUAAAAACA